GUGCGGCGUGGCCUGGAAGCCGGCUAGGAAUGCCUACUCUCGGCCCAGUCGGACCAGCUGAGGAGGUCGGCUCUGGGGGCACCUGGGGGCAGGGUCCGGGAAGCUGCAGUUUCACACACUCUCCAGAAGAAUCAUCUCAAGCGUUGGUCCAGCUCCCUCCCAAGGAGCUGCAAGAGGGAACCUCAGAACUGAGCAGAAGCAACCAGGAUGGGGAGAAGCCCACAGUUAACUUGGAGGCCACAGCCAAUCAGAAAAAAACAGAGUCAAAUUCAACCCCAAAGCCUGAGAGUGGAGGGAAAUUAACCAAGCAAGCUGCUGAGGGCAAACCAAGACCCAGACCUGGAGACCUGAUUGAGAUUUUUCGAAUUGGCUAUGAGCACUGGGCCAUCUAUGUGGAAGAUGACUGCGUGGUCCAUCUGGCUCCCCCGAGUAAGGGUGAGGAGUUUGAGGCCGGCAGCAUCACUUCUGUCUUCAGCAACCGGGCUGUUGUGAAAUACAGUCGGCUGGAGGAUGUGCUGCAUGGCUGCUCCUGGAAGAUCAACAACAAGCUGGAUGGGACGUACCUGCCCCUGCCUGUGGACAAGAUUAUCCAGCGGACCAAAAAGAUGAUCAACAAGAUAGUACAGUACAGCCUGAUUGAAGGGAACUGUGAACACUUUGUCAAUGACCUCAGAUACGGUGUGGCCAGGAGCCAGCAGGUAGAGCACGCCCUGAUGGAAGGAGCUAAGGCUGCAGGAGCAGUCAUCUCAGCCGUAGUGGAGAGCAUAAGGCCCAAGCCUGUAACUGCCUGAAGGUGCUGGGAACUCCAAGCAGAGGAAGGACUCCUGCCAUUAGCAUGGACAACAUGCCUCCUUGCCUCCCCCUGCCUUCUCUCUCCAUAACCCUACUCAAGAGAAUUGUGAGCUCCUCGGAGAAUCUAGAAUGUAUCCCAUUGCCCCCCCAGAAAUACAUCCAAUAUGUGUGAUCAUA